CUUAAUGCUCAUGUUUCCAAGAUGUGGCCAUGAAUUGUUGUUAUUUAGAAGCAGACAUUUAAUAGUCUUUCAUGUUAUGAUGUUUAUGGAGUCUUGUUAAACGUCAAUUGUGGUCAUAUAAAUAAGGAUUUAUUGUUAAAAUGUUGAAGUUAUUCGGUAUUUUAGCCUUGAUCACUAUGGCUUAUGCCGCUUUAUCACGAUACCCACCUCAAGAGAAACCGACCGAGUUUGCGAACCAAGAAGGAUGCUACAUCGCGGCCCUAAACAAGGUAUUGCCUUACGAAAAACCUUAUUAUCCAGAUCAAAAAUGUGAACGGUACAAUUGUCAGAGAAACGGAGAAACACGCUGGGAAACUUGUGGGGCUGUCCUUGUCAAGCCAGGGUGCAGAAAAUCUGAAGUCGACCUGAGUAAGCGCUACCCCGACUGUUGUCCAACUGAAGUGUGCCACUGAUCCUUCUAUGUAGCUUGAAAAAUGUUUUCUGUCCAGUAUU